AUGGUAAGUGAAAACAAGUUUGAUGCAGAGUCCAACGACAAGGAAGUGAUUAGCUCUAUCGAGUCCAACUCCUACGACAAUGCAUUAGGUUUUCUCAAACAGCACAAAGAAGUCGGCACCAUUGAUCAUGGUAAACUUGUUCGUAAACUCGACUGGAUCAUAUUACCAAUACUUUGUGGAGUCUAUCUUUUGCAAUAUUUGGACAAGUUGUUGUUGAACUAUGCUGCUGCUAUGGGUAUCAAGGAUAAUCUUAAGGGGAACGAAUUUGCCAACUUGUCAACAAUAUUCUACGCUGCUUAUAUCUUUGGUGAGCCAUUUAUCACUUAUUGUUUACAGAAAUUUCCCCUUGGUAAAACCAUGGGUGUUUUUAUCAUAUUAUGGGGUGUUGUCGUUGCAUGUCAUUCGGCAACUUCAACUUAUGCUUCAUUAAUGGUAGUGAGAACAAUUUUGGGAAUAUUUGAAUCUUCCAGUGCCGUAGGUUUGAUCAUUAUUAGUGGGUUGUAUUAUACCAAAGGACAGCAAGUGGCACGUAUGGGAAUUUGGUCAGUGAUGGCUGGUGUGGGUACGAUAAUUGGUGGUUUAUUAUCAUUCGGAUUCCAGCAUAUUAAGAGCACUACAUUCAAAUCGUGGCAGAUCUUGUUUCUAGUAAUGGGGUUGGUAACUGUUGCAUUUGGAGUCUUUGUAUUUUUCUUUUUACCUGACAAUGUCCAUACAUGCUGGUUCCUUAACGAAAGCGAAAGGUUGUAUAUUUUGGAAAAUGUGGUCAGAGUGAAUCAAACUGGUACAAAGAGCACGAAGUUCAAAAGACAGCAAAUUUCUGAGCUUUUGCUUGACAAGUUUACCUGGUUUUAUGUCCUUUUGACUCUUUGUUCUCAAAUAGUCACAGGUGCAAUUGGAACUUUUAGUGUCACUAUUACAUUGACAUUUGGCUUUGACAAUUAUGAGUCAGCUCUACUUCAAUUACCAGUUGGCGCAUUGAUUGUAAUUAUUAUCAUAACCACAACCCAGCUCGUUGCUAAAUUUGGCCACCACACUUUAUUCUUAACAUCAAUGUUUUUCCCAACCAUUAUUGGUGCUAUUGUGUUGAUAAUUUCACCAAACAAGAUUGGUAACUUGUUGUCAUUGUAUUUGUUAUACAGUGGCUCUUCGUGUAUCACGUUAAUUUACGCAUGGAUUGGGGCAAACACAGCUGGAUCGAGUAAAAAGUUUAUGCGGAGUGCUCUGGUUAUGAUUGCAUUCUCAGUAGCAAACAUUAUUGGACCCCAAUUAUUUCAAGCAUAUAGUGCGCCUGAUUAUCAUCCAGCAAAAAUUGUCAUCUUGGUUACUCAAUGUUUAUGUGUACCAUUGACUUUAUUCAUUGGGUGGAUGCUAAAAUGUGAAAAUUUGAAAAGAGAUGAAAAUCAAACACAAGAGGUUGACGAUGUUGAAUUUCUAGAUAAAACUGAUAUUGAAAAUAGACAAUUUAGAUAUACAUACUAA